CACGAAUGUGGCUAGUUCUUAAGCUAUGAACUCAAAUUGCCAUGGAUCAUUCAUUUGAUUAUACAAAGAAAUGGAGAAGUUUAUCCGAUUUCAUCAUUCAAUUUGAGUUGAAUCGCCAAUCUACGACCUUAUUCUUAUAGAAUCUGAAGCGAUUAAUCGUCUUCAGGCUUCGAUUUACUUUGCUGGGUUGUGUAAAGGUGUAUAAUUUUACCCUUCUUCGUCUUCCUUUUUCUUUUCCUUUUGUGUCAGCAUGAAAAAAAUUGAGAAUUUGAUAUCCGAAUCGAUCCUUCUUUCGUCUUUCUCGUCGCGUCGUGUUUCAGAUAACAUUAGGAAUAAUUCCGCGUUUUGAAAUGGUCAAGGAUGAUCGUGUUGAUUUGAAGAUAUCAUCCGAUCCCACUUUGAGUCAAACGUUCCUUUUCUCCUUAGCUCUAUCUGUGGGAGGAGAAUGUUACUGUUAACACUUUUUCUUGGAUUCUUACUUGGAGCACUGACGGUUGUUGCUGCUGAAGCUUUCGGUUUAGUCUUUCUGAUUGCCCGACUCAGUCGGAGAACCAAGAAAAAAGAAGAAGAGGCUGCAUUGCGAUCUUCUCAAGGGUUAACUGAUCUCGAUCCAUCUUUAUGUAACAAACAGGGUGCUUUAUGGAUCCUGGAGUCCAAAAAGGUUCCAAAGCCUUCUGAUAAGCCAUCAAAAGAUAAAAAAGGGAAGAAAGAGUUCAUUGAGGUCAAUCCUGUCAAAGUACAUGCAAAAAUCAGUGGUCAUUCUCUUAUUCUUACCGAGUCAGAUGAUUCCUGCAAGGAAAUUAAACUGAAGGAGUGUCAAGUUGUUGCUGUUUCUGCAUCAGAAUUAUCCUCACGCAAAUGGGCAAAAAGAUAUCCUAUUAAAGUGGAGAGCAGGAACUCAAUUCUGUACAAUGGCAAUAAAAGUGUCUAUAUUUAUCUCGAGAAUUCUUGGGAGAAGGAGUCAUGGUGUAAAGCCCUCAGGUUUGCAUCUUGUGAUGACAUCGAAAAACUUGGAUGGUUCAGCGAUUUAAGUCAAGAGUUUCGACGAUACCUUGCAACCCUAAAUACAGCUCACCCCACCUUUAUGAAACCCUCUACGGGCAAUAAUGAGCUUACAGACAAAACAGCUAAUAAUUCAUCAUCCAAGAUUCGGUUCUUCUUCAAGAAGCUUGCCAGAAAGGCUUCUAAAGGUAAUGUGGAAAAUAAGAAUACCUUGACUUCAACUGUAAGCCGCGAAGAGAAAAAGACUGCAGAGAGAUCAAGAUCAUUUCAAGAUACUGUUCAUGGAAAUAAUCUGGUAAAUAAUGUUUCAACAAGGAAGGUAUGUGAAGUUCCCAAUGAAGAUAAAAUUGCAGGAUCAUCAUCACAAGCAUCCUUAUCUCGAUCAGAUAGCAAAAGUGAUGCCUGUGUUUCUUCAGAUGUGGAUAAUGAUGAUAAGAUCAUUAGUGAUGAAGGGACACUUUGUUUGAACUUGUUAUUAUCAAGACUGUUUUUUGAUGUAAAAAACAAUGCAGAUACUGGAGAUUUUGUGCAAAAGCGCGUUCAGAGAAUGUUAUCAAACAUGAGGAUUCCCAAUUUCAUGGGUGAUGUCAACUGUGUAUCUGUGAAAUUAGGGCAGCUUGCCCCACAUAUACAUGGUAUGAGGGUAAUUCCUUUAGACAUGAAUGAGGUAUGGGCCAUAGACAUUGAUAUUGAGUAUUCUGGUGGUGCUGGUUUGAAUAUUGAAACAAGACUCGAGGUUCAUGAACCAGAUUUUCAGAAAGGCAUAAUUGAAUCAAAUUUCAAUCCAAGCUCGGAGGAAGAUGUCAAUUCAGAUCUCUUAGAAAGUUUUGAGAACUACGGAAAACAAUUUGAAGCUUCAGAAGACAAAGGAGAGUUAACAGAUGUUGGUGAUUCUAAACAAGAUGGGACAAAAAGCAGUAAAAGCUCUAACAAGGGACCACCUUCUGCUUCGAGAUGGAAAUCCAUUAUAAACACCAUAGCCAAGCAGGUCUCACAGGUACCUAUUCAAUUGGCAAUAAGGAUAGUAUCUUUUAGAGGAACAUUACGGUUACAUAUAAAACCACCUCCAACGGAUCAGCUAUGGUUUGGCUUCACAUCAAUGCCCGAUAUUGAUUUUAAUCUGGACUCUUCUGUUGGUGACCGCAAGAUUACCAGCGGGCAUGUUGCUUUAUUCUUGAUAAGCCGUUUUAAGGCAGCUAUAAGAGCAACACUAGUGCUUCCAAACUGUGAGUGUGUUUCUUUUCCAUGGAUGUUGGCUGAAAAGGACGACUGGGUCCCACGGAAAGAUUCUCCUUAUAUGUGGCUCAACAAUCAAGAAACCAACGAUCGAACAGGGCCACCACCCGAUCCAUCGACAGGCUCUCAAUCAACUAGAAGUAAUUUCAGCUUGAAAAGCAACUCUAGUUUAUCGCAAGAAGAACAUGAUGAUCAUCCUUCAAACGAAUUACAGGUUGAUUCUUCAAGAAUCAGCAGCCAUGGAAAUGAUCAGUUGUGCUCAAAUUCUUCGUCUUCCUAUUCUGCCAGUACAUCGGAUCAGACUCGUGUUAGGGAACUCAAAGUGCCACUGCUGUUAACAAAUAAUGAAACACAGUAUAGUAACGAUCAUGAGGAGAAUCAGGACCGUUCGAUUGUAUCGGAGGGUCAGGGUUACACGAUGGGUGGAGAUUAUCGAGAUCAGGAAUUGAGGCAGCCGAAGAGAAUGGAGAGUACGAAAGCGAGGAUGCGUGGGUUAGGGAAAAGAAUGACUGAGAAGCUGGAAGAGAAAAAAAGGCAUAUUGAAGAGAAGGGAAGAAAUAUGGUGGAGAGGAUGAGAGGGCCUAAUUGAGUCUUAAUUGAAGUUUUAUUGUUGGUUACUUAUAAAGAUAAUGUAAAGCAUUCAUUUUAUUGUAUAAACAUAAUUGAUAAUGUUUGCUUGAAAGAACAGGCUGGGAGAUUACUUCAUAGUUCAUACAAAUAUUCAAAGAUUAGUUUUAUUUUUUGUUAUAAAAUUUGCUGAAUUGUGUGUUCUGCUUCUU